AUGUUCAGAAACGAUUUUAGUACUUCCUUUUUUUCCCUUCCUUCCUUCCUUCCUUCCUUCUUCCCAUUCAUCUAUCUAUAUCUAUCUAUCUAUCUAAUAACAUUCCUUCCUUCCUUAUCUAUCUAUCUAUAUUCUAUGUAUCUAUGCUUUGCUCCUUCCGUCCCUUCCUUCCUUCCUUCCUUUCCUUUCUAUCUAUCUAUCAUCUAUCUAUCUAUCUAUCUUCCUUUCUAUCUAUCUGUGAUUGCUCUUAUUCCAUUCCUUCCUUUCUAUCUAUCUAUCUAUGCUUGCUCCUUCCUUCCUUCCUUCCUUUUUCCUUCCUUCCUUUCUAUUCUAUCUGUGAUAUUCAUUCAUUUCAUUAUCUAUCUAUCUAUUCAUCUAUCUAUCUGUGAUUGCUCUUUCUAUUCCACCCUUCCUUCCUUCCUUUCUAUCUAUCUAUGCUUGCUCUUCCUUCCUUCCUUCCUCCUUCCUUCCUUCCUUCCUUCCUUCCUUCCUUUUCUAUCUAUCUACCUAUCGAUCUAUCUAUCUAUCUGUGAUUGCUCUUUCAUUCCACCUUCCUUCCUUUCUAUCUAUCUAUCUAUGCUUGCUCCUUCCUUCCUUCCUUUCCUUCCUUCCUUCCUUCCUUUCUAUCUAUCUAUCUAUCUAUAUCUAUCUGAUUGCUCUUUCAUUCCACCCCUUCCUUCCUUUCAUCUAUCUAUCUAUGCUUGCUCCUUCCUUCCUUCCUUCCUUCCUUCCUUCCUUCCUUCCUUCCUUCCUUCCUUCCUUCCUUUCUAUCUAUCUACCUAUCGAUCUAUCUAUCUAUCUGUGAUUGCUCUUUCAUUCCACCCUUCCUUCCUUUCUAUCUAUCUAUCUAUGCUUGCUCCUUCCUUCCUUCCUUCCUUCCUUCCUUCCUUCCUUCCUUCCUUUCUAUCUAUCUACCUAUCGAUCUAUCUAUCUAUCUGUGAUUGCUCUUUCAUUCCACCUUCCUUCCUUUCAUCUAUCUAUCUAUGCUUGCUCCUUCCUUCCUUCCCCUUCCUUCCUUCCUUCUUCCUUCCUUUCCAUCUAUCUACCCAUCGAUCUAUCUAUCUAUCUGUGAUUGCUCUUUCAUUCCACCCUUCCUUCCUUUCUAUCUAUCUAUCUAUGCUUGCUCCUUCCUUCCUUCCUUCCUUCCUUCCUUCCUUCCUUCCUUCCUUCCUUCCUUUCUAUCUAUCUACCUAUCGAUCUAUCUAUCUAUCUGUGAUUGCUCUUUUCAUUCCACCUUCCUUCCUUUUCUAUCUAUCUAUCUAUGCUUUCUUCUUCCUUCCUUCCUUUUCCUUCCUUCCUUCUUCCUUCCUUCCUUCCUUCCUUUUCUAUCUAUCUACCUAUCGAUCUAUCUAUCUAUCUGAUUGCUCUUUCAUUCCACCCUUCUUUUCCUUUCUAUCUAUCUAUCUAUGCUUGCAUCUAUCUAUCUCUAUCUAUCUAUCUGUGAUUGCUCUUUCAUUCCACCUUCCUUCCUUUCUAUCUAUCUAUCUAUCUAUGCUUGCUCCUUCCUUCCUUCCUUCCUUCCUUCCUUCCUUCCUUCCUUCCUUUUCUAUCUAUCUACCUAUCUAUCUAUCUAUCUAUCUGUGA